AUGGACGCCGCCGCUCGUCACUCCCGUAAAAACUAUGGGCUUGAAACAGAUUAUUCCAACCCGUUCAUGACAUUGGAUGUGUCCUGCGAGGGUGCAGAGUGUAGAAAAGCUACUGAAGAUGUGGCGGUGAGGAAAUGUGAACAUUACAACCCUUUUCUGUGUGACGAACGCUGUUUCGGCUCGUACGCCAAAGGAGGGGACAUGCUCGCACCGCAAUACGGCCCCGCUCAACCACAGGCUAGCUCUACCAACCCAUUCGUUGCUGCUGAAUGUCAAGGUUAUGCCCAUGGGGGGGAUGCAGACGACGGGACGCAUUACUACCCAGCCCCCACGUUUCAAACGAAAGAUAAUUGUAUCUCCAACCCAUUCGCUCCUGCUCAUGUACGAAGCUUUGUACACAGCACGCCGGCCCCAUUUAACCCUGUGGCAUUUCCCGCCGUGCAAUGUACCCCUAAGCUGGAUGGAACUAUAAGCUACAGGCAAACCCCUGCACGGCCCCAACCCCGAUUAAAAGCCAAUAAAACCCGUUUCAUGUUGCAGCAGCCUUUGUCCGACAGUGAGGAGGAUGGAGAUCCUAGGGAGAGGGUCCCCACUUUGCGUCCGGGACAAUACGACGGCACCACACCAUGGAAAGAAUUUCUGCACCGGUUUGAGAGCUGCGCCGAAGCGAACUACUGGUCCGAAAAAACGAUGACAGUGCAGUUGAAAUUCUGCCUGGUUGGCGCAGCAGGGGCCAUUGUCCACAGAAAUCCUCGCUCUUCCAGGUGGGGCUACCGCCGCCUGGUGGACGAACUGGAAACUGCAUAUGGUCCAUCCUCUGAUCAUGCUGCUGCGGUGGCAGUAGAACUAAGGCAGCGAGUACGAAAACAUGGAGAGGCCCUGCAUGCAUUCAGAGAUGAUAUUUAUGGGAAAGUGACGGUGGCUUAUGGCGACAGGGCAGAAGUUGAACAGGACUCUAUCGCUGUCGAAGUUUUCACAAAUGGGCUGGGUGAUGCAGAAAUAGUCCAGAAACUAUUAGAGCAACGACCAGCCACACUCGCCCGUGCAUAUGAAAUAGCUCAUGCUCAUGAAACCACCAAAAGGGCUGCAGCUUAUGUCACCAGUGCCAUGCAGCCAGGAGCCCGCAGCAUGAUUGAACGACGGCCCAGAACUGCUGUGGUCAGAGCAAAUGACAAACAUGAAAGAGUUAUCAAAACUACACCUGUAAUCAGUUCUUCACCGAAUUGGUUUGCCACACACACACCCUCGGCCUUUAAUAACCGCAAAAAUUCUACAAAAGGGAAAGUCCGCUGCCAUAACUGUCAAGGUUGGGGUCAUAUCCAGAAGCAGUGCCCUUCUCCCCACAAGACCACCAAAGAUUUGACAUCCAGCAGCUCCCCCUGUGACACCCAAGAACCUACUGUGCUCCACCUGAAAGACCAAAGCCAAGAAAUGAGUAUCCACAUGCAAAUCUACGAAGUGGAGGUGUGUGCUGUGUUGGACAGUGGGGCGCGGAGAAAUGUGCUGCCGCUGCGCUACUAUAAUUCCAUCCACCCUGACGUGAGACCUCAACUGUAUCCAUCAAAUGUUGAGACUUUACUUGGGGUGGGACCUGUAGAUGUGCCAGUGCUGGGUGAGGCCCAGAUACCUGUCCACAUCAACAACCGUCAGGUGGAUGUGGAUUUUCUUGUAGCAGAGAUAGCAGGGUUAGAAGUGCUGCUGGGCCAUCCCUUCCUCGCACAAGCUGAAGCCCGUCUUGAUUUCGGCAGACACCGCAUCACCCUGUUUGGUGAAGAAGUGCCCUACUACCAACCUGAAUCUAACCCGAAGUCGCAUGCAGUGAAAAUAUCCAGAACUGUGGUGGUGGAACCAGGACAGGAGUAUGUUGUGAGGGGCAGCAUGCAUCUAAGUGGGACAGCCCGCAGCGACAUGAUACUUAGCCCUACUAAAGGUUUUAUUGAGAAGCACAAAGUGCUCCUCGCUAGAGUCUUAGUUCAUCCCCAGACGUCCAAAACGGUCCCCCUUCGCCUCUUUAAUCCUGGCAAUAAAGCUGUGACCAUUAAAGAAGGAUCCCUGGCUGGUCUCCUCCAGCCAGCUGAGGCCCUGCAGCCUCCCUGUGCCUCCCCAGCCGCAGACUCGCCAGUCAGCUCUCCGGUGGUUCCUCUGCACCUAGAGGAGUUCUAUACUCAGAGCUCUAAAGACCUCAAUGAUGGGGAACGCCUCCAACUUAAAUGUUUGCUUUCUACUUAUGGACAGGUGUUCUCUACUGGGCCUGCUGACCUGGGCCGGACCAACCUCGUCCAGCACGAUAUUGUACUUCGUCCAGGUGCCCCGAUCAAACAACAUCCACGUAAAAUGGCGAAAGAGAAGCAGCAAUACGCUGACCAGCAGAUACACGACAGUCUGCAGAAUGGUCUCGCCCAACGCAGCCACAGCAGCUGGGCCUCGCCCAUAAUUAUGGUACGUAAGAAGGAUGGGACAUAUCGGCUCUGCAUUGAUUAUAGGGCUCUCAAUGAGCGAACCAUACCGGAUGCGUAUCCCCUGCCCUGCAUCCAGGAUACGCUGGAUACACUGUCUACUGCCAGAUGGUUCAGCACGUUGGACCUUACCUCGGGUUACUGGCAGGUGGAGCUGACGCCAAGAGCACGCAAAGCAACUGCAUUCUGUGCCAGGACGGGCCUCUUCGAGUGGAAUGUCAUGCCGUUUGGGUUGUGUAACGCCCCGGCGACAUUCCAGCGGCUGAUGGACCGCAUCCUGGUUGGCAUGCAGUGGGAGACCUGUUUAGUCUACCUGGAUGACAUCAUCGUCCUGGCGAGGGAUGUGCCAGAGAUGCUGCGGCGGCUUGGCCAGGUGUUUUACAGACUCCAACAAGCUAACCUGAAACUAAAACCUGCCAAAUGCUGCCUUUUCCGCCGGGAGGUGGCCUACCUAGGUCACAUAGUGUCUGAACAUGGUGUAGCUACGGACCCCAGCAAGGUCCAAAAAGUCCAAAUGUGGCCCACGCCGUCAUCCAUUCAGGAGGUUCGACGUUUCAUUGGCUUGGCCUCAUACUAUCGGCGAUUUGUGAAAGACUUUGCAUCCAUUGCUGAACCCCUUCACAACCUAACUAAGAAAAAUGCUCGUUUCCAGUGGCAUGCUGAGCACCAGGCUGCUUUCGACGAAUUAAAGAGUCUCCUCAUCUCAGCCCCCAUUCUCGGCUAUCCCCUGGACUGCGGUGAAAUGGUACUCGAUACUGAUGCAAGUGACACCGGCAUCGGCGCUGUACUGUCGCAAAGGCAGGAGGGUGUGGAACGAGUGUUGGCUUAUGGCAGUCGCAAGUUGGCAAAGCCUGAACAAAACUACUGCACAACAAGACGUGAACUUCUGGCUAUAGUGGAUUUCACAUCCCAUUUUCGUCAGUAUCUCCUCGGCCGGCCGUUUAAGGUGCGUACGGACCACAGCAGUCUGCGCUGGCUGACCAAAAUGAGAGAGCCAGAAGGACAGUUAGCUCGAUGGCUUGAGAAACUGGCUGAAUAUGACUUUGAGAUUAUCCACCGUCCGGGUCGACAGCACACUAAUGCCGACAGCCUCUCCAGGAGACCCUGCCGCCAGUCCUGCCCAUGUAAAGUGCAGGAACUCUCAACAUCAUCCAAACCCAUCAACCAUCAGGCUGUCCAGUGUGAGUUGAACUCUGACAUCAGUUCCCUGUUGCUGAGUUCAGUGGGGGAGGAGGACCAACCAUCCACCACAGAGGUUUGUCCAGUGGGGGUAAGUCAAAACACCCUUACAACAGAUACAAAGACUUUAGACCAAAACAUUUCCACUGAUACAGAUAGAAUGCAUCACAAUGUUCAAACUGAUGGGUGCACUUUGAAAUUGACUGAGAAAAUAUAUGUGGCUAAGACUCUUGACACGACUUUGUUUCAUGGCUGGACCAUGGGGGAGUUGAGCCAGGCCCAGGAUGCUGAUGUGGACAUUGCACCCAUACGCAGCUGGAUGAAGGCUAGUGAUAAACGCCCCCCGUGGCCUGUUGUCUCGCCAUGCAGCCCAGCCACUAAGACAUACUGGACUCAAUGGAAACGACUCUACUUCAGAGAUGGAGUUCUGGUCCGUCGGUUCUAUUGCCUUGAUGACACCCAAUUCUACCCACAAAUUGUGCUGCCACGUAAACUACAACUUGAUGUGAUGAGACAGAUGCAUGAGGGGCCAGUGGGUGGACAUUUUGGUGUAGAGCGGACCCUGACCAGAUUAAGAACCCGGUAUUACUGGUACCACAUGAGGGAGGAUGUUGCCCUCUGGUGUAAAACCUGUACCAGUUGUGCAUCAAGGGCUCGACCCCAGAAGACACCGCAGGCUCCUAUGGGAACAGUCCAGGUAGGAGCCCCUAUGGAACGCAUUGCACUGGACAUUAUGGGUCCACUGAAUGAGACUGAGCGUGGAAACCGCUAUGUGCUUGUGAUACAAGAUUACUUCACAAAGUGGACUGAAGCAUUUCCUAUUCCGAACGAGCGAGCUGUGACAGUUGCAGGUAUCGUUGCUAGUGAGUGGGUGUGCCGCUAUGGAAUCCCUCAAGCGCUACACAGUGACCAGGGACGCAAUUUCGAGUCUGAGGUGUUUCAAGGGAUGUGCAGUUUGUUUGGGAUAGACAAGACUCACACGACACCAUUCAGGCCGCAGUCAGACGGUCAGGUCGAGCGUUUCAACGCCACCCUCCAAAAGAUCCUGGCUACUACAGCAGCACGCUGUCAUUGGGAUUGGGACCUGAUGAUUCCUUAUGCUGUGAUGGCGUACCGGUCAACCAAACAUAGUGCGACAGGUUUCUCUCCAAACUUUAUGAUGUUAGGCCGAGAAGUAAGUGAACCAGUGGACCUCGUCGCAGGUUUGCCCCCUGAUUCGGAACACCAGCUCACUGCUCCAGAAUAUGUGCAGCAGAUGCGGGAACGGUUGGAGCUGGCCCACCAAAUUGCUAGAGAAGCCCUGAGGGACUCGGUCACACGUGCAAAGAGACAGUAUGACAAAAACUGCUGCCACACACAGUAUAAAAUUGGAGACCCUGUGUGGUAUCUCAUUAAAGGAACACGUCAUGUCAAGAAUAAAGUCAAAAAGUUCCUCCCAUCAUAUGAAGGCCCAUUCUUCAUCCUAGGCCAACUGGAUGAUCUAGUUUACCGGAUACAAAAGAACCCAAGGUCCAAGGUGAAAGUCGUCCACCAUGACCAGCUAAAGCAUUACCGCAGCCGGGAGCCUCUGGACAACGUGUGGGUCCUGGAGCAAAGUCAACACUGGGAACCUACUGAGGUUCCACCACCAACCUUAGAGGAGGACUCUGCAGAUGGUGACCUGGAUUUACAGGGUUUGUUUGCUGAUGCAACCAGUGGAGGCGCUGGCUGUUCUCUGCUGCCUACCUCAACUGCAAAGGAUCCCAAUCUGGGUGUGUUUGUCCCAUCAUCCCCUUCCCAUGUCAACCAUGAGGAUGGUGGGGGUGUGGUGGGAUAUUCACCUCCUCUGGGCCCGCCGGUUCGACGAUCCAGGCGCCGGCGUAGAGCACCAGACCGGUUCGGCACAUGGAUAGUUCCAAGUAGGACCAUGGACUCAGUUUAA